UGCUGGUCUACCGCUGCAUCCAUCGGUUAGUUAGUUUGUGUUACUGAGAGACUUUCUGAUCUGAACUAACUGACUCUGCAGCAGCAGUUGGGAUCUUCUAUAGCAGUAAUAUGUGUCAGUAUUAUUCAGUAUAUCAUCAUCUGCUUUGUGACCACAGACAGCAGGAAAAACACAACGAGGAAGCAGGAGACAACACUAAUAUCUAAAGAGAAACACAUCUGUCUAUCAGCACACCAACAGCUGGGUCUUAUCCCACUUCCUGCUUCAGUACCUGUCAAUCAAGCCAGCAGAUGGUUCCUGGUUCAGUCCAGUCUGGGUGGUUCCUCCCUCUCUCUGGUUUCUCCUCUCAGUCUCUCACCGUCUUUCAGGAGCUGAGGGUCUUCUUCAGAAUGCAGCUCUUCAUCGCCCCCCUCCUCCUCUUCUUCGUCCUGUCCUCCCACGUUGCCACGGUUACGGCGUGGGCCGGUUGCCAACGCGACAAGGACAAGGACGACCGGACAAGGGAGAACUGCACGGCGCUCGGCUUCAGCGACGUCCCGAGGGGAUUCGAAACCUCGACCAAGGUUAUGUUGUUUCCCAACAACCUGUUCUCCAGUCUGUCCUGGUCCUCCUUCCAGAUCUUCAUAAACAUCUAUGAGCUUGACCUCACAGGCAACAAGAUUCCAGAGGUGACCUCCAGCGUUACUCCGAUCCUGCCCACCCUCUGUGUCCUCCGGCUGGGGUGGAACCGUCUGACGUCCCUCUCCGACGGAUCCUUCUCUGCCUGUCCCGCUCUGACUGAACUCUACCUGGACAACAACGCCUUGGACUCUCUGAGCGACCACACCUUCUCUGGACUCAGCAAGCUGGAGAUCCUGGACUUGUCGUCCAAUCGUAUCAAGGUGCUUCCCAAGCUCAUGCUCCACCCCCUCCCUGCCAUAGAGACCCUCUACCUGGAGAACAACACGAUCAAGGUGAUGCCAGAUGAUUGGUUCAGCCAGAAGGAGGAGGUGCCGUACCUCUUCCUCUCAGCCAAUCCCUGGGAGUGCUCCUGCUCCAUCUUUUACUUCCUCAGAUACCUUGACGAAUUCGAUUUCAACGUCUACGUCCGCAAUGGCCCAAUCAUCAAGACAGACGUGAAGAAAGUGGUGUGUGACUCUCCACCGUUCCAUCAGGGUAAACCUCUAAUUGAACUGGAAGAAGACGAUCUGUGUUCAACUGAGGAAGAAUAUGAUCCGAUCGGACCUACUACUACUGCUCCUAUUCUUACCCCUGUUCCUACUACUCCUAUUACUACUACUGCUCCUACUCCUACUACUGCCACUUCAACUGCUACACCAGCGUUCGUAGUAGAAUCCAGCACUGAGCACCACAGAGUAGUCACACGGUACCAAACCUUCACCAGAUCAGGGUCCAGAGGUGAUGGACCGUUGGUUAGGUUGCAUACCGAGGCCCCCCCGUCCCCCUCUUCCUACUGUCAGACCCUCAACAACACCGAAACAACGGGUAGUCACAACAACCGCCACCACUAAGGCAACCACCGCUAAGGCAACCACCGCUAAGGCAACCACCAUUAAGGCAACCACCGCUAAGGCAACCAUCGCUAAGGCAACCACCAUUAAGGCAACCACCAUUAAGGCAACCACCGCUAAGGCAACCACCGCUAAGGCAACCACCGCUAAGGCAACCACCGCUAAGGCAACCACCAUUAAGGCAACCAUCGCUAAGGCAACCACCAUUAAGGCAACCACCAUUAAGGCAACCACCGCUAAGACAACCACCAUUAAGGCAACCACCGCUAAGGCAACCAUCGCUAAGGCAACCACCACGUCGGCACCUUCGUGGGUGAUCGAUGAACCCGCCGGCGGUGAAUUUCGGGCUGUCAGAGGUGCGGGGGUGUUCUGUUUUUGGCUUUUCGCAGGGUGCUUGCUGCUGUGCGUGGCGUCGGCGGCGUGCAUAUUGGCGACUCUGGCGUGGCUGGUCAUCUGGUACAGGCGGGUUUACAAGUCGCUGAGCUUGGCGCUGGCGAGGAGGGGAGGAGGCGAUGAGGCGGUGAGGCUGUUAAUGUACAACAGGAGGGAAGGGAAGGAGGUGGCAGGAGGAGGAGGAGUGAUGGCGCUGUAUCGCUCGGUGCUGUUCGUCCACAGAGACGGAGGAGAAGCUAUGUUGAGGGAAGAUGGAGGGAAGGACGGCGAGGGAGGAGGUGAAGGAGUGAAUGAAAGACUCCUCGUCACUCUGGAGCCGAAGGGAGGAGGAGGAGGAGGAGGAGGAGGAGGAAGAGGAGGAGGAGGAGGAGGAGCGAUGAGAGAGGAAGAAGGAGGGAGGGAGGACAAGGGAGUGUAUAGGAAGACAUUGUACCGUGUGUUAAGCAAAGAGGAGGAGAUAGAGGGAUGGAGGGAUGUGAUGGAGGAGUGGCGGGUCUCUGCAGAAGAUGGCGGGAGGAGGCGAGGAGAGGAGAGGAGUGGAGGAGGAGGAGGAGGAGGAGCUUCCAGGAAGUGCUACAGUGUAAUUCUGAGGGAGGAGAG